UCCCACGCCUGGUGGCCCAGCCAGACCAUGGCAUGGGCACAGGGAGAUCUGACGUCCUCGCUCUCCAUCAUCGUCACCUUGGCUGCCUGCAUUUCCGCCACCACCAGUGAAGUGAACUUGCUAGACACAUCGACAAUCCCAGGGGACUGGGGCUGGCUCACUUACCCUUCACAUGGGUGGGAUUCAAUCAAUGAAAUGGAUGAAUUUUUCAGCCCUAUCCACACCUACCAGGUCUGUAAUGUCAUGACUCCCAACCAGAACAACUGGUUACGGACCAACUGGGUUCAACGGGACGGUGCCCGGCGGGUCUACGCAGAGAUUAAGUUCACGCUGCGGGACUGCAAUAGCAUGCCGGGUGUGCUGGGCACCUGCAAGGAGACUUUCAACCUCUACUACCUGGAGUCGGACCGUGACCUGGGUAGCAGCACUCGGGAGAGCCAAUUUAUGAAGAUUGACACCAUUGCAGCUGAUGAGAGCUUCACCAGUGUGGACCUGGGUGUUAGGCGACUGAAGUUGAACACAGAGGUGCGGGGUGUGGGGCCCUUGAGCAAGAGGGGUUUCUACUUGGCCUUCCAGGACAUAGGCGCUUGCAUCGCAAUCGUUUCGGUGCGGGUGUACUACAAGAAGUGUCCUGCGAUGGUGAGGAAUUUGGCAUCCUUCUCUGAGGCCGUGACUGGGGCUGACUCAUCCUCCUUGGUGGAAGUGCGGGGAGAAUGCGUAGGCCAUUCGGAGGAGAGGGACACCCCCAAAAUGUACUGCAGUGCGGAGGGGGAAUGGUUGGUGCCCAUUGGGAAGUGUGUGUGCAGUGCUGGCUACGAAGAGCAGCGGGAUUCCUGCGUGGCCUGUGAGCUGGGAUUUUACAAGUCGGCCCCUGGGGAUCAGCUGUGCGCGAAGUGCCCCUCGCACAGCCACUCGGAGAGCCGGGCGGCCCGUGUGUGCCGCUGUGACAGCAGCUUCUACCGGGCAGUGCAGGACCCCCCCUCGGCCGCCUGCACGCGGCCCCCCUCUGCUCCUGUGAACCUGAUCUCCAGUGUGAAUGGCACUUCAGUGACACUGGAGUGGGGCCCACCCCUGGACAAGGGGGGACGCUCUGAUGUCAUGUACAACGUGAUCUGCAGGCGCUGCAUAGGGGAUGCUGGCCAGUGCGAGACGUGCGGCAGUGGGAUCCGCUUCGUUCCCCAGCAGAUGAGCUUGGUGCAGGGAGCGCUCACGGUGACCAACCUCCUGGCCCACACCAACUACUCCUUCUGGGUGGAGGCUGUCAAUGGAGUGUCCGACCUCAGCCUGGAGUCCAGAAGAGUUGCAGUUGCCAACAUCACAACAAACCAGGCAGCCCCGUCCCAGGUGGUGGCGGUUCGCCAGGAGAGCACGGGCCAGAACAGUGUCACCUUGCUGUGGCAAGAGCCAGACCAGCCUAACGGUAUCAUCCUGGAAUACGAGAUCAAGUACUAUGAGAAGGACAAAGAAAUGCAGAGUUAUUCAACUCUGAAAUCCAAAGGCACGACUGCUACUAUCUCUGGGCUCAAGCCUGCAACCCGCUACAUCUUCCAGGUUCGGGCCCGCACCUCUGCUGGCUGCGGGAAGUUCAGCCAGACAGUGGAGGUGGAGACAGGGAAGCCAGUGUCUCUCCGGUAUGACACAAUGACCAUAGUCUGGAUUUGCCUGACCCUCAUUACUGGCCUUGUCACAUUGCUGGUGGUCCUAAUCUGCAAGAAGAGGCAUUGUGGGUACAGCAAGGCUUUCCAGGACUCAGAUGAGGAGAAGAUGCAUUAUCAGAAUGGGCAAGUAAAGUUCCCCGAGUCGAAGUUCUAUGUUGACCCUCACACGUAUGAAGACCCCUGCCAAGCCGUGCAUGAGUUCACCCGUGAAAUUGAGGCUUCCCGAAUCAAGAUUGAGAAGGUCAUUGGGUCUGGAGAGUCUGGAGAGGUGUGCUACGGCCGCCUGAAAUUGCCGGGGAAGAGAGAGAUUCCCGUGGCCAUCAAGGCUCUGAAAGCAGGCUACACGGAGAAGCAGAGACGGGACUUCCUGAGUGAAGCCAGCAUCAUGGCGCAGUUUGAUCACCCCAACGUCAUCCACCUGGAAGGGGUGGUUACCAGGAGCAAAUUGGUAAUGAUUGUUACUGAAUACAUGGAGAAUGGCUCACUAGACACCUUUCUCAGGAAACAUGAUGGCCAGUUCACCAUCAUCCAGCUGGUGGGAAUGCUGCGGGGCAUCGGUGCAGGCAUGAGAUAUCUUUCUGACCUGGGCUAUGUGCACCGGGACCUUGCUGCCCGCAACAUCCUGGUGAACAGCAACCUGGUCUGCAAAGUGUCUGACUUUGGUCUCUCACGUAUCCUGGAGGAUGACCCUGACGCUGCAUACACCACCACGGGUGGGAAGAUCCCCAUUCGCUGGACGGCCCCGGAGGCCAUCACGUACCGCAAGUUCUCCUCGGCCAGUGAUGUGUGGAGCUAUGGCAUCGUCAUGUGGGAGGUGCUGGCCUUUGGCGAGCGCCCGUAUUGGAACAUGACCAACCGUGACGUCAUUAACUCAGUGGAGGAAGGCUACCGCCUGCCUGCUCCUAUGGGCUGUCCCACCGCCCUGCACCAGCUCAUGCUGGAUUGCUGGCAGAAGGACCGCAACGAGAGGCCUCGCUUCUCCCAGAUUGUCAGCAUCCUGGACAAGCUCAUUCGCAACCCUGAGAACCUGAAGUGCACCACCACUGUGAAUCGGUUCACCCAGACACCCUUUGACAGAGGUGUCUUCGACUUCACCAGCUGUCUCACAGUAGAGGACUGGCUGGACUCCAUCAGGCUGGGGCACUACCGGGACAACUUUGCCAUGGCAGGGUAUUCUUCCCUGGGAAUGGUGAUGAGAAUGAACAUCGAGGAUGUUCGGAGCCUAGGCAUCACCAUGAUGGGUCACCAGAAGAAGAUCCUGAACAGCAUCCAGGUCAUGCGGUCCCAGCUGCUGAACACGAAUGGUCCCAGGAGGCAUCUCUGA